UUGAACAGCCAUUUUUGUAAAACACAAACAACAAGAGGAGCGAAGAGAGAGAAAGUCACGGAGAGCGAUUUGGGAAAACAAACAGAUAAACUAACAAUCAGAUAGUUUAGUGUCGGUCGUGCAAAAGACCCGUGCAGAGCUCAGAGACUUACCAGUCGCGUUCGUUCUUUACCCCGAGACUCGUGCACGCGCACGGAGAGCAGUCUUAAAGCGCGGAGGCUCGAGCUGGGGGAGAUUUAGCGAGCUGGCUAGCUAGCCUGCUGAUGCUAGCUAGCUAGCAGGCAAAUAUUUUUAUGCGAGAAUUACAGAAGAAAAACAGGAGUUAAUAAAAGAAUCACAGUUUCGUGAUAUUGUCAUUAUCAUGGGCAAUAGAUUGUGGUCUUAUCGUAUCGUGAGAUGCCCUGUGACAAAUGCUUCAGGUGUUUGGGAAAGAAUUGUGAGCAAACAAGAAUUGGGGAGUGAAAACGAGAGAGAGAGAGACAGUGGGAGAGAGAGAGAAAAGAGCACCCAGCAAUAGUAGAACAUAAAACACAACAUAGCUCCCCGAAAACACUGAUAUUAAUGCUGCCAUAGUGUACUUGCAACGUCUAUUUUGCUUAUUAAAAAAAAAAAAACUGUACUGAAGCAGUUUGGGUGGUGUGCCCUUUUUCAGAGCGCUUACAUUCAUAUUCCUCCAUAUUUGUCUGCAAUUCCCUUGUUUCUGGCAGCUGUUAAUCCACACUUACAGAGCUCUAAGUAACCAAACCCACCUCAGCUUGCAGAUACAGCACCACUUCACCUGCUCCACUCUUCAGCUUGCUCCUGUUCAGUCCUAAUCUUUGGACAAGAGAUUUUUUUGAGCCCAGAGGACAAGGAGAAUAUGACUGCUGAGACGCUUAACUUCGGUCCAGAAUGGCUCCGUGCACUAUCCAGAGGAGGGAGCAUCACAUCCUCUCCUCCUUCUCCAGCAAUGCCAAAGUCCAAGCUGGCCGAGUACCGCUAUGGCCGCGAGGAGAUGUUAGCACUUUAUAUCAAAGAUAACAAGGUCCCAGAGGAUAUGCAGGAUAAGGAGUUUGCUGCUAUCCUGCAGGAAGAGCCUCAGCAGCCCCUGGCCUUAGUGCCACUGACUGAAGAGGAGCAGAGGAACUUCUCAAUGUCUGUUAACAGUGUGGUUGUGCUGAGGCUAAUGGGUAAAGGAGGCGGGGCUCCUCCGGCAGGUGUGUCCCGAGGUCGAGGGAGCACCCGAGGAGGACGAGGGAGAGGAAGAGGUGAAGGAGGAUUCUACCAAAGAGGUGUAGAAGAGGAGCUUGGUUUUGGCCGUGGCCGAGAGGUGCACCGUAGUCAAAGCUGGGACGACAGAGGUGAGCGGCGAUUUGAAAAGCCCAUACGACGCGAGGCAGGACGGGGAGGGUUUGAGGACGCAGGGACCAGCAGGAAGGAUUACACUCGUUCUGACAGCGAUAACUGGCGAACACUCCGUGAAGAGCAAGAAGAGGACGGGGGAGAGCUGGGCGGAAGCUGGAGGAUAGCAGGCUCCCGUCGCGAUGAUGGGGGCCCUCGCUCUGCUGGGUGGAGAGACCACGUAAUUGGAGAAGGCCGGAGAAGAAAGUUUGACUUUGACUUCCGGGAUGGAGAUGUCAGCCGGCGGAGGAGUGGAAGCGAGGGAGGAGAAGACGACAGAGACGGGCUGCCAGAGUGGUGUACUGAUGAAGAAGAGGGAGAGAUGGGCACCUUUGACUCCACAGGGGCUUUUAUGUGUGUUAAGAAGACAUCAAGAGAUGUGAUCCCAGAGGACCAAGAGCUGGAGUUUGAGGCUCUAGAGGAGGAAGAAGAGGCUGGACAAGAGAGAAAGGACAGCACUUCUGAAAAAGCAGAGGAUGCUGAAAAUUGUGGAGUGUUGGAGGGAGAUGUUAAGGCUUCUUCUCCUGCUGCCUCUGUUCCUGCUCCCACUCACCUCUUCGAGCAGGAGACCCCCUUGCCUUCUGUUACACUCCCCUUAAAGCCCAGCCUUCAGCCUAGUGAAGUUCCAGCUCCAGUAGGGGGCAGCACCCAACCCAGUAAGAAUUCCUCAGUUUCUGUGGCUUCCUCUCCCCCCACUGCUGUUUCGGAGCAUCCAACACCAGGAGGAGAUGCAGAGGAGGAGGAUGGCAUGAAGCACCUUCAGCAGGAAGCAGAGAAGAUGGUCGCUUCUCUUCAGGAUACUUCUCUGGAAGAGGAGUGUUUCACACAAGCACUUCAAGAAAGCCACAGUGCUGCCGCUCACAACCACACGCAUUCUGCUGCGCACACACACCCGCACCCCACCACACAUCCUUUCUCUCACUCCUCCAGCGCCUUGGCGCUGACUCAUGAGUCAGCAAUGAAGUGGUUCUACAAAGACCCUCAAGGAGAGAUCCAAGGUCCAUUUAGUCCAGUGGAGAUGUGUGAGUGGUUCCAGGCAGGCUAUUUCACUAUGACCCUACUGGUGAAAAGGGGCUGUGAUGAGGGAUUUCAGCCUCUGGGAGACGUUAUUAAGAUGUGGGGACGUGUGCCUUUCUCUCCAGGACCUUCGCCCCCUCCCCUGCUGGGCAACAUGGACCAGGAGUUCCUGAAGAAGCAGUUAGAGCAGGCAGCCACAGCUGCUCUAUACCAGCAGCUUCAUUCAAGAUUCCAACACCAUAACCGGGAGUCUGGGAUGAUGCCUCCGAUGAACCGGUCCGUGUCAGUGCCAGAAGCAGGGCCCAUGUGGGACAUGCAUACCUCAUCCACACAGCCACCAGGCAGCGAUUCUGGUCUGUGGGACUUAACCAUGAGUAACUCACCUCAGGGUCCAACUAUUGAGCAGCUGCAGAAACUCCAGCAGGAGAGGCGUGAAGCUGAACUCAGGGCGAAGAGAGAAGAAGAGGAGAGGAAGCGUCGAGAGGAAAAGAGGAGGCAGCAGGAAGAGCAGAAGAGGAGGGAGGAGGAGGAGCUAUACAGGAGAAAACAGCAGUGUCGUCAGCAGCAGGAGCUCAUUAUGAAGCUGCUCCAGCAGAGCCAGCAGCAGUCUGCACAGGGAGGCUCCAGCUGGAGUUCAUCCCAGUCCGGACCUCUUUCUCUCGGCAAAGCCCAGGGGAAGAACUUAGGUCUGCUGGAGCUUGAGGCUGAGAGACUGCACAAACAGCAGCAGCAGAGAGCCCAACAACAGCAGAGGCUGGCAAUGAGUCAGUGGGGUGAUAGCUCUGUGGGCAUGUGGACGGGAUCAGGUUUGGAGGGAAAGGUCGGCAGUUCCAGUGUGGGUGGUAUGAGCAUGUGGGACGAGGCUGUGAAGAACCAGAGCAAUCACCGAAACAUGGGCUUGAAGACCAGCCUCAGCAGCCCCUCCCUCAGUGAUCAGUACAUGCUAAAUCGCCGGAAGCGUACUGAGGAUGAGGAUCGGCUGCUGAAGCUGUUGCAGGGAAUGAAGCCUCAGGAUGGCUUUACCACAUGGUGUGAACAAAUGCUACACGCUCUCAACGCCUCCGCCAACAACUCCUCCUCUCCGGAUGUGGCCACUAUUGUGACAUUCCUGAAGGAGGUGGAGUCGCCUUAUGAGGUUCAUGACUUCAUCCGCUCAUAUCUGGGUGACACCGUUGAAGCCAAAGAGUUCGCCAAGCAGUUCUUGGAGCGCCGUGCCAAGCAGAAAGCUAACCACCAGAGACAGCAGCAGCAGUUGUCUAAGGAGGUUGCUGGGCUGAAUAUGAACUUCCCAUUACAGUCCAUGUUCCAGGCAGCACAUGUGAAUAAAAGUAGCAGCAUGUAUGACAGUCAGGGGGGGAAGAUGAAGAAGAAGCCCAGCAUGAUGCUUCACUCUGAUCCCAGCAUUCUCGGCUAUUCGUUCCUGGGCUCCGGAGAACGAAUGAUGCUGGGUGAGCUGGAGACAGUGGAGGAUUACUGAUCCAGCUGAAACAAAACUACUUGAGUCUACCUGAGGCCUUAACCUGGAGCAAACUAGCAGAUGAAUGUGCACUGUUCAGUGAGAGAGAGAGGCGAGCUACACACGUCUAACUCUCACUUCUCUCUCUCUCUCUCUCUCUCUCUCUCUCACUGUCUCCCUCAUUCUUUUCUCUGCCUUUCAAAAUCUCCUGCUCCGACACCCACAGGAGGGGGAGAGGCAUAGAUAGAGGAGUAGAGGGAAAGUGUGUCUGUGUGUGUGUUUGUGUGUCUGUAUUUACACCUCUUUCAGUAAGCACCUUAACUAAGCUAUUGCACUUUAUUACCAGUUUCAAUAUUUGAAAUGGAGUUGUUUUUUAUAACAAUGCAAAACAUGUGAAUAUAUUGUUGCAUAUAUUAUGUGUAGAAUAUUUGUAAACAAACAAACGAGUGCUCAUGAAUUCGUCUGGAAGGUUCGGAAUGGAGCAUAUGGUGGGAUUUUUUUCCCCACUUAAGGGGGGGUGAAUCCUCUCUUGAAAGAUAAACACUGUUGUAUUUUUUUUUGUUUUGUUUUUUUUUCUAAUGAAAGGUAAAGCUAUAAAAAUCUGAAUUUAAAAACUUGAAGAUUUGCACUUGUUUAAAUGAAAAACAAAAAAAAAUGCAAAAAAAAAAGUUUAGAUUAGGUUAUAGAGUUUUUUAUUUUAUUUUUUUGUAAGCAUGAUUGUAACUGAGUGUCAGAGUGUGAGUGUGUGUGUGUGUGUGUGUGUGUAAUGUGAAGAAAAGUCUGCACAAAGUUUAUUACUGACAUGUGUAAAAGAAAUGCCAUGUUUUUAUUUUGUUCAAUGAAAAUUUUGUACUUCAUCAAACAUGUAAAAAAAACAAACAAAAAAAAAAGAACUAAAGUGUGUGUGCAGGCAUGCGCCCGUGUGUAUGAGUGAGGGAGAUUGUAAUAUCUCACUUGUAAAUAGGUUCUUAAAGAGACAGAUUGGACAGUAAAACAUUUGUGUACCAGCAUUACCAAGCCAAGUGUUCGAAUUGUACACAGUCGCAGUUCCACACUCGGCCUGCUGGAGGGCAGCGCUUCGCUUAGUCAGUCUGUGGUGCUGUAUUUGCCUCUAUUUUUUCAGUGGGCCCGUGGGAGCAUGUGGGAUAGUGUAGCCUAAAUGUUUUAUGAACACCAUAAAACUGUGUAACUGCAUUAUUACCCUUGUUUUCUCACCCUCAACUCGGCGCAUUCUCGGUCCCAAGGACGGGAUGUGGACUUAUUGCCUUUUGUGCUGUGUGUGUGUGUGCGCGAGAGAGUUUGUUUGAGACAGUGUGUAUGGCUGGUGUUCAGUCAGUCCCCAUAAUGCUGUGAUCUGUGUGAGUGUGUGCACGAGUGACUCGUGUUGCUUUCAUUUUUUCAUUGCUGUUAAAAAUGUUAUUUUUAUAUCGUUGUUGCAAACAAAGUAUUUCAACUCGUAUGAUUUGGAGCACUUUUGAGGCUGCUACCUUAUUGUAUUUUUUUUUGUUUGUUUUUAACUAUGUUUUUAUUAAGUUGUUUCCAUAGUUUUGCCUCUUUGGGAAGUAUAUUACAAAUGAAUGUAUUCCUAAACAAAGCAAAAUGUAUAACGAAGCAUCAAAAAACAAGGCAGCGCUCGACUUUGUCUUGCGAGGUGCUGAAAUUGCUAGUGUGUAAAAAUGCUCUUCAAUCAGAAGAGCAAAAUGUGGAGUGGCACAUCCUGCUGCUGUUUCCAGAAAUUUCUCCAGCGGUAGGAGCAGCAGAGUGCUUUAGUCUCAUCUAAAACUUGUGGAGGGUCAACAGCCUGGCCAAUUGGAGCCAAGGACCUGCGUGGUGUAGCAUUACUAUAAUUGUGAUUUAUUUUAUUGUUUUUGUUUUCUUAAAGAAGUUAGGAAUUGUUGAAUUCUUUUUACCUUCCUAACUGUUUUAUGUGAUUUUGUUACUUUUUUAUGUUAAUGCCCCCAUUUUGUGAAAAAGAAAUGAAGGAUUGGUUUCUUUUUUCUUUUGUACAAUUUCUCACAUUAGUUCAAUUUGAUUAGUUUUUUUUUUUUUUUGGUUCACCCCAGUUGUUCACACCAGAAAAAAACAGAGAAAGGCUUCUAAAGAUGGGGGCCAAGGAGAUUAUUGGUACUUGAUCUUGAAGAAACAAUUCAUGCUUUAAUAGUAUUUUUCUCUUCGAUCUCACUUGUGGAUUAUAUUUUUGCAAAAUGAAACAUUUAGGAAGAUUUUACAGCGCAUGACUAAGAAGACCCAGUGAGAGAACUGAGGGGAGGGGUGGGGGGGGGACUAACAGCGGAUUAAGCUGACUGCUCCUCAGGAGGUCACAGUGAGGCCGUAGGCCGUAUCGCGCCCUCCUGAAAGCUCCACUUGUGGUUGGAGCUGGACUUGAGUACUCUUUGUCAAAUGAAGGAAAGUCCUACACCAUUCCAGGCAAUGGUUGGUUGAAUGUUUGACAAAAAACCCUUUAUACUAGACAAUUAUUUUGAAAUUGCAUUUCAGAGUUUUAGUGUUUGGAAGAACUGGUCAUCGAGUUUGUCCGGAAACCCAGAGCAAACUGCAUUUUGGAUUCGGGUGAAAGAUUCGAUUAAGGACCUUUAACCAUUCCACACUUGUUCUCGUGGACUAAAUCCCAGAGACUGCUGUCGCCAGCUGUGUUCUUCACUGAGGACAAAGAUUCCCACGGUGACGUGAUUUACAGUCGUGAUGCAGUCGAUGUGGAUCAUAAACCCUGCAGGAACUGAGCAGAAAGGGCAGCUCUUUUGUGGGCGUGACCAAAUGCCAGGAUUUAGCUGCAGGCCCAAAACCUACAUCAUUCUCCACCUGGCCUGAGCUACAGCCUUGACUGGAACUCUCUCUUAUAUAUAUACACACACACACUCACUCUCUCUCUCUCUUUUUUUUCCUCUCUCUUUUUUUCUCGCUCUCUCUCUGUCUUGCGCUCUCUCUACCUACUAUAUGGACAAAAGUAUUAGGACCUCUUAAUCAUGGAAUGUAAGUACUUCCUUCUUCCCCUCAGAUGUUUAAAAUCCAGCACCUAACAUUAAAAAAUAAUGUUCUGAGUGACUGUCAAAACUGAGUGGUAGUAUUGAAGAGUGAAAGCGUUUAGGAACCACAGGAAUUUAAAAUGUAGUAAAUUUACAGAGCCGAGUUGCCGGAGUCCUAAGGAGCAUAGUGUAUAAAAACUCUCCAACACUCCAGCGCCCUAUUAAUCCCAGUUGAUGUAGAAGGGGAGCUGUAUUGAUCAUGUAGGUAUCAAUACUUUUGUCUUUUUAGUGUAUCUGUACUUUAUCACACUGUCUUCUUCCCUUUAUUCUCUCACCACAUUUCUUUUCCUCUCUUGUUCGUUAGACCAGUGGUUCUUUAAUCAGUCAUUAGAGACUUUCAGAGACAGGAAAGAAGUGUGGACCACCUCAGGAGUUCCUGAAGACUGGUUUUGAGAAUCAAUACAUUUAGACCACUGUUUUUCAACCCUUUCCUAGUGUGUGUGUUUUUGGAGAAGCUGCAUAUGCACAAGUGUAUGGAGUAUGGUGGCCCUGGAUGCCGUGUAAAUAUUGUAAAUUAAUGGUGUUCUUUAGUUUGAUUAACCUCAGUCUUGUUUUUCUUUCUUUCUUUUUUUCUUUCGGUUUGUUUUUCAUGCCUUAACUGUACAGAGUAAAACUACAGGGGACAGUUUAAGCUGUACCCACUAACACAUACUUGUUAGAUAAACAAAACAACCCAUCCAGGUUUUGUUCUGUGUACCAACCUCCAGCAUUUGUGCACCACUCAGUAAUGUGUAUAGCCAAUUCUGGAGCUGGAAGACAUGCAUUUAAACAAUACUCUGUUUACUGUUCCUCUGUUUAGCAUUUAAGUGAAAACGGCAGCAGUUUUCCAACUUAUGGACUGUAAUAAUACCAAGUUUGCAAGAGUAAUUUUACCGUUCUAAUAAUAAAGACAGAGUAGACCUCCCUCUUUAAGAGCCAGCUGAUGAGUGGACUAGUGAAAAUAAGUCUGCUGGAGGGAAGGUAACCCAGCAAUGAAUAGGGGAAUAGUUGUAUUUUUAUUUUGUCAAUUUUCUUUGAACAGAUGAAACUAUGUUAAACUGAUAAUAAAGUUUUUAAAUGUU